GUAUUCUACUCCUAGAGAGAAAGAGAGAUCGCGCUGCUGGAUACAUAUAGCCUCUCAGUCACAAAACAGCAAAAGGAAGUUUCAAAGUGAAAUGGCAUCAACACAUGCAGGUCUCAGGAUUGUGGUUUUGGGGAAGACUGGAUCUGGAAAAAGCGCCUCGGGAAACACCAUCCUGGGAGAAAAGCUGUUUGUAGAAGAUUUCGGUUCUGAAUCUGUGUCUAAAGAAUGCAAAAAACAUCAACAGACAGUAGAGGGCAGAACCAUCUCAAUAACAGACACUCCAGGGCAGUUUGAUACAUCAUUCAGUAAUGAAGAACUGAAGGCAGAAAUACAGAAGUGUGUAGAAAUGUCUGUUCCUGGUCCUCAUGCGUUCCUGCUGGUGACCAGACUAGAUGUGAGAUUCACAGAAGAAGAGAAGAACACAGUGAAAUGGAUUCAGAAGAACUUUUCAGAACAGGCGAUGAAUUAUGCUGUGGUUCUGUUCACUCGAGGUGAUCAGUUAAAAACAUCAAUUGAGGAGUAUUUGCAAAGAAACGAUCAGCUGAAAGAGCUUGUGCAUCAGUGUAAAGGCGGAUAUCAUGUUUUUAAUAACACAGAAGAAAAUCCAGCACAGGUAACUGAACUGAUAGAGAAGAUAGACAGAAUGGUGAAGGAGAAUGGAGGCAGACAUUACACAAAUGAGAUGUACAAGGAAGCGCAGAGAAAAAUCUAUUUAACAAAUUUGGUAUUGAAGGUGGGAGUAGGACUUGGGGUAACAGUAGUUGCAGGAGCAGCAGGGGCAACAGGAGCAGCAGGAGUAGCAGCAGUAGCAAGAGCAGCAGGAGCAACAGUAGUAGCAGGAGCAGCAGGAGCAACAGGAGCAGCAGGAGUAGCAGCAGUAGCAAGAGCAGCAGGAGCAACAGUAGUAGCAAGAGUAGCAGGAGCAACAGGAGCAGCAGGAGUAGCAGCAGUAGCAGGAGCAGCAGUAGUAGCAGGAGUAGCAGCAGUAGCAGGAGUAGCAGCAGUAGCAGGAGCAGCAGCAGAAGCAGGAGCAGCAGCAGUAGCCAGAGCAGUAGCAGCAGGAGCAGCAGUAGCAGAAGUAAAAGAAAAACAGGAAACACCAUGUACUGAUAAUGGCAAUGAUAAAAAAUCUAAAUAA